AUGACCCGGAAACUGCGGUCUAAAACAUUUUGCUUGCCACGGCCGAGCUCACUAUCGGAUGGUGAUGGUGAUGAUGAUGAUGAUGAUGAUGAUGAUGAUGAUGAUGAUGAUGAUGAUGAUGAUGAUGAUGAUGCUGAUGAUGAAAAGGAGGAGGAGAAGGAGGAGGAAGACGACGACGACGACGAUGGGUGUUCGAAUCACAAGGCCUCAGCGAACUACCCUAAACCGUCGAGUCAUCGUCUGCUGGCAACAUCAGAGUCGACUGCCACUAGGCUACGGAAGCCCGUUUUGUGCUCAUAA